GAUUACUAUUUCGGUUUUUCAGGUCCGGCAAACGAGCGCGCUAAGUUUCCUGUCUAAUAGCGUGUAAAAAUGGCUAUGCCAAAGUAUAAACUGGGAAAUGUACCAUUGGAUAAAUGGUCGAUCAGAGAGAGGCUGGCUCUAGCAUGCUCAGUUUUGAGGAGUGGUGAUCAGAAUUGGGUAUCAGUAAGCAGAGCCAUCAGAGCUUAUGGAGAACCCAACAGACCGCAGGAAUGGUUUUCUCAGAAGAACUGUGCCUUACAGUAUGCAGAACUUCUAGAGAAAGUAGAAACACCUAAAAGGAAGGGCAGGGACCGUGGUGAGGUGGAGACUCCCAGUCUUCAGAUUAUGAGGAAAUUAACGAUCGAGCGGAUAGAAGAACUGAAGAAGGUAGUCACAGAACAGGAGCAGAAGUACAAGAAAUUGAAAAAGGAAGUGGAGAUGAUUAAAUGUGGACAGUGGGAUGAUAGACUCCCGGCCCUCUACCAACAAAUGCUCAGUGAAAAGAAGGAAGCUGAGGAUGCAGCUCGUGAAGCUGAGAUGUCUCGAGCCGAGAUGUCUCGAUCAACAUCUGAGUCCACUCCUUCCGGGUCCUACCAAAUGUCUGCAUCAGAAAGUCAAACUGAGAUGGAGGUUGAGGAAGUGAGCCAAGAUACAGAUAAUAAAGACACGAUUGUAGAGGUCUCAGACACAACUGAAGAGAAACCUGCCAUUAAAGAGCCUCUAACUGUAAAGAUUGAGCCAGGCUUGGCUGGAGAAGAAAAACCCAAGCCCUCCCCCUCCCCCACCCGCCUACUGACCACCCUCCUCUCCAGUAAAACCAGCAAAGUGGAGGAUCUAAAGGAACUCAAAGAGAAAACUGAACAACAACAGGCCAAAGCAGAGGCAGCAGUGGCAGCUGUGCCCACCACAGUUACUACGGUUACAGAAACACCUGUAAGGAAAACAGAAGAGAUUGAGCCUGUCGGUGCUGAUUCUUUUAUUGAUCAAACCCCCUCAAGUACUGCUCCAACACUGACAAAACUUCUUCACAAAGGGGGAGAGAGUAAAGCAGCAGUUGAAGAGGAAGUGGGUCGGACGACCAUGGACACCCCUAGCAGUAACAACACUAUCCCAGUGGAGGAAGAAAUUGUGGAGAUAGAAGAUGUGAAAGUAGAAGUAUCUGAGGACCAGGAAGUGAUUCUGCAGCAUAAAGUCAAAGAGGAAGUGGUUAAUGUGGACCAGGAUGAGAGUCAGGAAUCCACAGACAUAGGCUUCAUACAGUUAGAGGAGGAGAUGUUGAAAGAGGAGCCGAUGUCUCCAGCCAGCAGUGUCUCCUCCAAAGUCAGCGAGUGUGACAUCAAGCCUGGCAGCAGACGCAGUCGAGGCCGGCAGUCUGGAAGGAGAAGGCGUACUAAGAGACAGAAGAAGCCCAUGGGAGUUAAAGAUGAGGAGAGUACAUCACGGUUGAGUGAUGGUGACACGACUGAAGAUGAGACUGCCCGUGAAAGUGACGAUACGUCCAUUUCCGGAAACAUUACUAAUGUUCCUACCCCUGUACCAUUCACAGAGUCCAUUCCAAGCAGCCCAUUGUCACACUGCAGUGACACAGAAGAUGAGAAAUCCUACAAGAAUUGGAAGAAGUCCAUCAUGCUGGUGUGGAGGUCUGCAGCCAAUCACAAGUAUGCAAAUGUGUUCCUACACCCAGUCACUAAUGAAAUUGCCCCAGGGUACACCAGCAUUGUUCACAGGCGGAUGGAUCUGAGUCAGAUUAAGAAGAACAUCGAGAGUGGGGUAAUCCGGACGACGUCGGAGUUCCAACGUGACAUGAUGCUGAUGUUUACUAAUGCCAUUAUGUACAAUAACUGCAACCACAGGGUCCACAAGAUGGCAGUGGAGAUGUAUAAUGAUGUCCUGCAACACAUCGAGCAAUAUGUGAGCACGCAGAUCAUGGUUCAGACCACAGACACCAAACUAUUGAGGGGUUCCAGACGAGUUGACACCAGUGAUAAGGAAGAAGACAGCAAAAGGAGACGCACAUCAUCAGAGCAACAUGGAGAAGGAGGGAAAACCAAGAAAAGGAAAACGCGAGCAGACGACACAUAAGGCUGGGAUUCAUCGCCUAGAGCUAGUGGACAGAGACCAUGAGUCUGAACGUUAUCAUUACGCAGAUGUGACAAUAUUCUCUUUGACUCUAUAGACAUGUUACCAAUUGUUGUAGAGUGAAUACAGAAAUAUACAGUAACAUCACAAGGAAAUUGUGGUUUUAUGAGACUUUGACGUGGUUUACAGGUACAAAUACACAGUAUAACCUAUUGAUUAACAUCUCACUACACUGGCUUUAAAUUAAGCCAAAAUGUGAAUAUUACAUUACAUGUAUUUAAGCCCACUCAUUUGCAUGUGUUUAUCAAGGAAGUACAUGUAUUAUUUUCAUUGCUAUUAAAUCAAUAUAGUGUUUGAAAUUCA